AUGUCUGCAGCUUGGUUGGAUAUUCUAUGGUUUGUCGUUUUCAUGAUUGUUAUAUUAAUCGCUUUAAUUGCAAACCUAAUCAUUAUUUUGGCUAUAUUAAGAGACCGAUCAAUGCACACGUCAACUUAUUUCUACAUAAUCAACGUUGAUAUCGCUGACAUUAUUUUAAUACUCAGUUGUUUACCAGAACGUAUCGCAGCCUUAUUUCAUCCAAAUGACGAGUUUCCAUUGGGAAUGAUUGCAUGUUACCUCGUCCCAUUUUUUCAACAAGUUUCCAUGCAUGCUGCACUGGGACUACUUUUGAUCUUAACUGUUCAUCGGUGUUAUCCAACAGGUGUUCCAAAUUGUUUACAGCAUAAUGUCAUUCGCCAACAAAUUCGUAAUUACUCGCAAACCUUAUGUCUCGUGUGGAUUUUCGCUGUUCUAAUCAACCUACCAUUGUUUUCUAUAACUAAGUACGACUUUCAAACCAUAUCUGCGCCAGAUAAUCAAAGUAAUACUUCUGAAAGGACGUACGCACCUACUUGUGGCACUGAAGCGAAAGAGAUUUGGUCGCGAACAUAUCUGAUCCUAUUACUAGCGUUCACAUACGUGAUCACAGGAAUCUUUCUCAUUGUUAUUUAUGGUCGAGUGAUUCGAAUUAUGGUUAUAUCGAGUCGAUAUAGUAAAAAGAUUAAUGAAGAGACACGGCAUAAUCACCGAGAGUAUCAUUUUCUAACACAGAAUCUUAAGAAACAGGAUCCUUUGCAAGAUAUCCUAGCCCGAACAUCAGCAUCGACAUCGUCAAUGUUAGCGAUAGCCAAUCGAUCGCGAAAACGUAAUUCGUCGGAUACACCCGCUGUGUCGGUUAUGCUGCCAACCGAAACCAAUCAGUACCCAACGAAUUCUCGUUCAAUUCAACGUGUCCAAGUGAUCAUCAUGCUCUUCAUCGUUAUUUUACUUUACAUUCUUUUACUAUUACCAUAUCGGUUAGUAAAUCUGCUUUUCAUUGUAUAUAAUCAAUUAUUUCAGCAGAACCUCAUGAAUGAAGUUCUAUUACAUUGGCUUCUCAAUAUUGUCCGUUUACUUGUUUUUAUUAAUUGUGCUUUACAACCGAUUAUAUAUUUGAUUAUAUCAUCGAAAUUACGGCAGACAGUCGUGAAAUUUCUUCAGUCAUGCUGCUUUAAGUAUCACUUUCAAUGUCAAUGCUCAUUAUCGUGUAAAACGACUCCACAAACAGUGCCAAGGUAUCGAAAAAAACAAGUUAUUCGGCGUGAUCCUCAGCGGUUGCCUGCAGCACAGAAUCUUCAGUACGCCAGCUAUCAUUCGUUGCCAUUAGGAAGAACACCACUAGCUGCUAAUAAUUUUGCACCGUAUACCAAAACGAUCCCACGUCGACUAUAA